AUGAGUCCAUCCGCCAUCGUUGAGUCCAACGAAAUGGCCACUCAAUCGACAUUUUCCUACGCACAAGCUGCAAAGGGUCAGGGCACUGCCCCUGCUUCGAAUCCUACAGCUGUCGCCGAUACUGCUGCUCCACCCCAGGACGCGCAGGCAUCCAUUGCCGAUGCUGAUGUUCCGGCUCCCGCAACCGACGUGAAGUCGAUUGCUGCUACUGAGCACGCCAGCUCUGAAGCUCCUGAGACUACGGAGCACCGCGCUACCUUCUCUGACAAGCAAGGCCUCGAGAGUAUACCUGGAUCCGAGAGCGAUGCCCGCUCCGAGUCGACACAAAGCAGACGAACAGACUCGAGACGCGAAGAUGAUUCUGGAAGGCUAGAGCGCCCGUGGCGACGAAACGAGAAGACACCGGGGUCAUCAAACACUACUGCCCGGUCUGUAGACGAGCAGGACUCUCGAAAGGCUAGGCGAAAUAAGAAGGGCAAGACUUCUGAGAAGCAACCCAGUGAUCAGACGGCAGAAAAGGAGCAGGAGGCGGUCACUGAGGCCCCCAAGGUCGAGCUCUCAGAAGCACCUAUCCCCAGCGUCAACAUCUGGCAUAAGCGAAAGGAGGCCCAGCAGGCCAAGUCUGUCAAACCUGCUCCCACACCUGCGGAAGCUACAGUGAAUGGCACUUCAUCUCGGGAUGAGAAGAAGACUGAGGAAUCUGCUACAACACCAUAUACAAAUGGCAUCAAGACUCAGCAAAAGCCGGCCAGCACUGCGCGGCCGGAACGCAAUGGCCCCCGGGGGACACGGAUACAUGAGAAGGAUGGUAAGAAUGAGGCUCCCCCAUCCGUCGAGGAUUCUACGGCAUGGCCAACUCCUGAGACUGCAAUCACGGCUAUUAAGGAGGACAGCAAGAAGAAGAGCGCAGACAAGACACCCGACAAAUCAGACCGCUCUGAUAAGGACAGUCAAGAAGAUGGCAGCGCGUCAAAGCCCCGACAGAAAUGGGUGGCUAUGGACUAUGUCCCCACAGUCAGCUUCGAAACCCAGCUUCCUCAAAUGCGUAGCUCUAAGCCACGGGGUGGUGCUCGUGGUAAUCGAGAUGCCGCUCCUCGAAGCAUGGCCAACGGUGUAGCGGAUAAAACCGCAUCUACCGCGCCCGCCAACAAGACCAACGACACCAAGCCUAAAGACAACACCAACAAUGCCGCAUCACAAAUGGCAGCCGUCAAACGCGGAGCAGUGGAUGGUAUUAACGGUCAGAAAAAGGCCCCUGCCAGCACUGGCUCCGAGAAGGCCAAAGAUACGACGGCCCAGUCUACGGAGAUCUCCCAAAGUCGAGAUAGGCAUGAUAGCCGCAGUGAGAGAGGUCGAGGCAAUUACCGAGGACGAGGUGCUCAUCACGGCCAUUCACAGUCUCAGCAUGCUAUUUCUGCAUCCGGAUUCCAUGGCCAAGGCGCCAACGCUGCCAGAUCUCAGGGUUAUAGCCCCCCAUUGCGACAGGGUGGUCAUGGUGGCAUGUUUACGCCUCCUUCUCAGCGAGGCCGUGGUCGCAAUGGCGCUAACAACUUCCAUCGUGUAUCAGUGCCGAACGGCGGAUCUCGCAUGCCUGUUGUGCAAGCUCAAUAUUCGCCCUACGAUUACUCUAUGGCAGCGCCCAUGGGCGCAGUCCCUUUCCACUCCCUUCCAUUUGACAACUUGCUCGUCCUCACGAUCAAGACUCAAAUUGAAUAUUAUUUCUCCAUCGAGAACCUCUGCAAAGACGAGUACCUUCGACAGCGCAUGGAUUCCCAGGGAUUCGUCCCCCUCCACUUCAUUAGUGCGUUCUCGCGCAUCAAGCAGUUGACUGUGGACAUGAACAUCAUCCGUGCUGCUUGUGAGGAUUCGACUGAAGUCGACUACGUGGUUGGCGACGAUGAGUGUGAGCGACUACGUCGGCGACACAAUUGGGAGCAUUUCGUUUAUUCUAUGGAAAAUCGAGAUGAGCUGGCCCGCAAUGCUGGCCCUUCAAGCGUCACUUUCAAGAACAGACACUACCAUUUCCCUGGUGGCCAAUUUGACGACAUCGCUGCUAUGCCGUAUGGCGCACAUGCUUAUCCUCAUGGCCAUGCUCUCCAACAAUUCGCACCACAUGACGCAAACGGGGUUGUUCCAAAUGGCAACACCCAGCUUUCUGCGGCUGUUCCCGACUUCUCACCUUCCGGGACAAUUCCCCUCGUUGGCCCUCAGGGUGAAGUCCAAGUCACCAGCGUUGAAGCUUUGACCAAUGGUCAUGCUGAACAAACUGCGCCGCUUACCAACGGUGUGCAUAGUGGGGAGGCUUACACGACGCAAUCGUAG